GUGAUGAAGGUUCUGGGCCUCACUGUCCUCUUCCUGCUCAUUGCAGUGAAUGAAGCCAGAGUCUUUGAAAAAUGCGAACUGGCUAGGCUCCUGAAAAGUCAUGGUCUGGAUGGAUACCGAGGAUACGCCCUGGCCAACUGGGUCUGCCUGGCUUACUAUGAAAGCAGUUACAACAGCCGAGCUGUGGGGCCGCGAAACAGCGAUGGCAGCCGGGACUACGGGAUUUUCCAGAUAAACAGCCGCUGGUGGUGUUCCAAUGGCCAAGGCACAACGUCUAAUGGCUGCAACAAAUCCUGCAGCAGUUUCACUAACGAUGACAUCUCUGACGACAUUGAGUGUGCCAAAAGAGUCGUCCGUGACCCCAACAAGAUGGAUGCUUGGUAUGGCUGGAAGAACAACUGCAAAGGAAAAAACCUCUCCAAAUGGACCUCCGGCUGCGGAGUCUGA